AUGUGUGACAAAAUCGAGCAACAGCAGCCCGAAGCUCCAGGCACGGAGCUUUUGAUCCUUCAAGAUCACUUAGCCCUUUCUCAAUACAAAUACGUCACCCGCGGCCAGGAGCGCGUAUUGCUUGUCCCACAGCCAUCCAUCGAUGACCAGAACGACCCUUUGCUAUGGCCACGAUGGAAAAAGUGGCUUACAUUCAGCAAUGGCCUUCUUUACGCCUUCCUUGGGUCUGUCACCGGGCCUAUGAUGGCUGGAGGAAUGAUCCAGCUCGCAACUUUCUUCAAACGACCCUUCUCCGAUAUUGCCUACAGUAAUGGAGCUACGUUGAUUUGUCAAGGCUUCGGCACGCUAUUUUGGUUACCUAUAGCAGUCAAAAUCGGCCGCCGUCCAGUUUAUCUCACAUCGAAUCUUCUUAUGGGUGUCGCCUGUGUCUGGUUGGCGAUUGCGUCCCAGGAACGCUUUACAAAUUUUGUGGUUGCUCGAGCUUUCCUCGGGCUCUUCGAAGCGCCUAUUGAAGCGAUAGUUCCCAGCACAGUGGCCGAUAUUUUCCACCUCCAUGAACGCGGGGAGAAGAUAGCUGUCUAUGGACUAUCGGUGCUUGGCGGUAACGAGCUUGGCCCACUGGCAUCCGCGUACAUCAUCCAGGGGUUGAGCAUGCGGUGGGCGUUUUACAUCGUUGCGAUGUUUAUCGGUGCCAGUCUGAUAGCGAUGUUUUUUCUCAUGCCAGAAACAGCAUUCAAUGGGUCUCGUCCCAAGAUCGUCCCUAUUAUUGCCGAAGAAACCGACAUGAUCAAUAACCGUGAAGGCAAACUGUCUUACGAACAUCUUGAAGGAGUGUCCUCUGUCCCCGCAGCGCAACUGGAAUCGCAAUUUCCAGCUAUUGAGAGGCGACCAUACGUGUCGGAACUCUUCCGAAUUAGCAUCAAUCAUGAAGUCUCUCUGUGGGCCAUCUUCCAGCGGCCAUUUAUAUUGAUGAUUUAUCCGACUGUUCUCUGGUCGAGUCUCGCGUAUGGCAUGAGUCUGAGCUGGAAUGUCAUUCUAGGGUGCCUCGUCGCUCAGCUGUUUUCAGUGCAACCCUACAAUUUUGACUCCGGUGCGCAGGGACUCACUUUUGUUUCACCGCUUCUUGGAUCUCUCGUCGGGACAUAUCUCUGUGGUCCUCUCGCUGAUCGGACGGCUACGUGGUUCACAAUCCGUAAUAAAGGAGUCCGUGAACCCGAAAUGCGCCUCCCUACUUGCAUCAUUGCGGCCAUUCUCACAUUCCUAGGGGCUCUUCUCUCUGGCCUAACCUACCACUAUAAAACUCACUGGGCCGGCCCGAUUGUGGGGUUCGGAGUGUUAUCUGCUGGUGCUCAGAUGGGUGCCACCCUCGCCAUUUCCUACAGCUUGGAUUGCCAUAAGGAAUUUUCCGCAGAAAUCAUGGUGACUAUAUCCUGUCUCAAGUCAGGUGUUGCCUGGAUAUGGACAUGGUGUAUCAACAACUGGGUUUCAAGUGCCGGUCUUUUAACGGUGUUUAUGACCCUCGCGGCUAUCAAUGUGGGUAUCUAUAUGCUGGCAUUUAUCUUUCACUUUUACGGGAAGAAGAUUCGCAUCUAUUUGCAGAAGAAGGAUUUCUUACGUACUUCUAUUGAGAAGUAG